AUUUAUCUCCUAGCCAAUCAGCAGCGUCCCUGCUCACUGCACGGACCAAUCAGAGAGCCGUGUUCGCUGAUGAAGCGAGACAGCGGCAGUUUACCUGCUCAGUGCACGUUAACGGGACAGAAGGAGCAACGGCACCUGCUCAGUACUUUCUAUCUACGUAAAGUCUUAACCUAACGGUUAGAAAGCGAGCCCGGAUCACCGGCCCGGCGCCAAAGUGGAGCUCAGCGUCACUAACUUGUCUUUAACUGCUCCGCCGGUACCGUCAUGGCUCGGACCGGCUCCGGUGCCCUCCUUUCCCGCAGAAAUAUUAAACUGGACUCGUUCCUGAAGCGGAACAUGGAGCGGAUGGUGUACGAGCGGAUCCGAGCCUAUGAACCGUGCGUGGUGAAAUCGGAGACCAUCAAUAAGGUGUACAUGCACGUGGUGCUGAGCGACGAGCGCGUGUACCUAACAGAGUACCCACCGCGCACGCUCACUGAAGCCUUCUGCUUCAGAGACGUGCAGGACAUCGAGCUGGUCAAUGACCUCCCAGAUUUCCUCCGUGGGAAAGACCGGGAACUCUGCCAGCACAUUCGAGUCACCUACAUCACUGAGAAGCCUGCAGCCAGGGGCCGGGAUUGGCUGAGAAGAGACAGGAGGGUGGGACUUCCACCUCGCAGACCAAGCCUUUACCCAACAAUAACACACACACUAGAAGGAUAUCCCGAACACAGCAGUCCCAGUGGAGAGGAGGUUUACAUGUUACCACCCACACGUUCUGCCUCCUGUCCAAACCCGGAGACUCUGGGCCUCCUGAGGGUCCCACACCCUCCCACUCAGUCUGUGUCCACCACACCCUCCCUCUACUCACCCACCGGCUCUCCCACCUCUUCUCCGUCAUCCUCCAACCACAGACUGAACCUCCCUGACACUGGCCAGCUGCAGAGAAGGAUUGGUUCAGUUCUUUCUCGCCUGUUGAGAAGAGACUGUGCGAACAGCGGAGAGGAGAGAGAGGCUGAGCUGCAUCUUUACGCAAUAUCACACACGUCCAGACUUUACCUCCGAAUACAGAGCUCAUGGAACAGCUUUAUUAUUAGGUCCACUCUGUUGUUAGACACGCUCUUCAGAGGGAGGUGCAGUGCCUCGUCCGACUCCUCUUCUACGAAGCAGCUUCCUGCCAUCAGCUGCGAGCGGACAGCUCACCUGUUUGGUCAGCUGAGCUCUGAGCUCCUGCAGGAGGGGAUCGGUGUGGAGAGGCUCUACCUGCUGCUGCAGGAGCUGAGAACCGCCGCUCAUCAUAACAUCGCACUACGCCGACUCUUCUGGAAGACCAGCGAGGUGUGCGUCUUCCUGGUUCAGACUCUGGAGGAAUCUCUGCACGGCUGUCAGAGCCUUAGUGGAAUCCACACUGAAGAUCAACUACUACUGAGCACUCUGGUCGUGCAGACGCUCGCCGUCAUGUUCAGAGAGACGGACGUCGAACCAGCCAGACUCAACCUGCUCUCUGCCAAAAAAGGUUCCCUGACCUCCAGAAUGCUGCUUGCCUUGAUAUGUGAUGCAGAGCUACAAACACAGAACCUGGCUGACUGUGAGGUGAGCUGCUCUCUACUCACCUUAAUAUUAUUAUUUAUUGAAUCUGUUGUUAAUGUGAGCCUUCUCCGCCAGCUUCAGGCCUUACUAGCUGAGUAUCUGGAUGCUGCCUGCUCUCUGCUCUUCGAGAUCCUGCUUUCAGGCCACGAGGCCAGCAGAUGUUCCUCUGCUGACAACUUCCUGUCUGUUGGCUGGAUCCUCGGCGUCCUGCAGCCUCAUCCUCACCUGUUGUCCUUCAUCAGUUACCAGGCCCAGCAGGUGGUGCUGGUUUUGUCAGACGGGCAGGAAUCCUUUCUCAGCCCCUUUCAGUCUGUUCUGCUGUUCCAGCGCUGUCGCCUCCUGCUGGCCUGCCUGCAGUCUAACAGCCAGCUGGCACAGCACCUCCAGAUCCACUUCAGAGAGGAGUUCAGGUACUCUGUGAAGCUGGUGUGUGCUCAGGAGAAGCUGCCGCCUCACUACCCAAUCAGCCGGCCGACUCUUCGACUGCUCCAGCAGAUCCUGACUCUUUUUUGCACGGAUAAUCACACACAAAGACACAUGCACUUACAGCUGAAGACAGGACUGUGACAGUGUGUGCCUUUACCAAAGUCUAAGUACUUUUUUCUUCAGUACUUUUAGUUGUAUAUUUUGAGUUUCACCGCUGCAAUGAAUGAAUGAACUGAGCAGGAAAUCUGCUGCAAAUACAGGUGAAACAAAUGAUUACUGCAGAAAUAUUUGCACUGCUAUAUACCAUGUUUAUUUGUUUUGUUUAACAGUGUUCCUAUAAAGCUGUAUAACAGAAAUUUUCUGCAGUUUUCAUGAGGGUUAGCAGUGCUUUGAGCUAAAUGCUUACAUGUUUAGUGUUGCCAGGAUAUAGUAUCGUCUAUGUUCACCAUCUUAGUUUGGCACAUCAGCAACAUCUGCUUACAAGCAUUAAACACAUUCAUUCCUGUUGUAUGACCAUU